UAAACCCUUCCCUUCACCCCCUCACUCUCUCACUCUACAAACUCAACCACUCUCUAAACUCUCUCUCUCUCUCUCUCUCUAUAUAUAUAUAUAUAUAUAUAUAUUUCUUCAUAUUUCUCUCUCAUCUCUCUAACAUGGCUCUGGAAGCUUUCAACUCCUCAACAACAACCACUCCACUCUACUACGAAGAAGACAUGGACUUCCACUUUCUUGAACCAUGGGCAAAGGGAAAGCGCUCGAAACGGCCCCGUUUCGAGAACCUACCAACCGAAGAGGAGUACCUCGCCCUCUGCCUUGUCAUGCUUGCUCGUGGCGGCGCCACCACCGCCACCACCAACAACACCACCAACGCCAACACCACCACCGCCUCUGCCGCAGCAGUGACAGACUCCUCAGCUGCUUCUUACAAGUGCAGUGUCUGCAACAAAGCCUUUUCGUCCUACCAAGCCCUUGGCGGGCACAAGGCCAGCCACCGGAAACAGACCGCCGGUGCCGGAACCUCCACCGUCGACAAGUCGUUCACCUACACCACCACUUCCCCAGCCACCCUCUACAGCCGUGGCCGGACCCACGAAUGCUCCGUCUGCCACAGGUUCUUCGCCACCGGUCAGGCCCUCGGCGGCCACAAACGGUGUCACUAUGAAGGCGGAAGCAGCACGACUUCGUACGAAGGUGCCGGCUCGAGUCGCACCCACCGUGAAUUUGACCUGAACUUGCCGGCCACGCCGGAAUUCUAUCUGGGGUUGAGCGUUGACUCUGGGAGAGAGAGUCAACUUUCCGGUGACCUGGAAGUAGAGAGUCCUCUGCCGACCAAGAAACCGCGUUUUAUUCCGGCUACUAUGGGUUCUUGGCAAAAUUGAUGAAUGAUAAUAAGAAUUUGUCAACCACUUCCUUUCUUUUUAGUUUUUUUGUUUUUGUUUUUGUUUUGUUUUUAUUGUUUUUUUUUUUUUUUUUUUUCGUUUUCUGAAGUUUAUGUACAUAGAAGUGUUGCUUGUCUUUAAUUUUGAUCUUGAAUAUUAUUCAUUUAUUUGCUAAUUCAUUUGUUUAUACCUGCAAAAUUAAAUUAGACUCUGACUAGUACUUAU